AUGAUGGGUGGCCAGAGUGAGUUUGUUAAACAGGGUUGGAUGGAUGGUAUGGGCCAGAGUGAGUUUGUUCAACAGGGUUGGAUGAUGGGUGGCCAGAGGAUGUUUGUUCAAACAGGUUGGAUGAUGGGUGGCCAGAGUGAGUUUGUUCAAAACAGGUUAGAUGAUGGGUCGCCAGAGGUGGAGUUUGUUCAACAGAAGAUGUCAGGCCAGGAGGAAGGUGCAGCUUCAACACUGAGAUAUUCAGAUGCAAAGUUCUCAGUUGUGGACUACACGAUGUUCAGCCUGAUGCUUGUCGUGUCAGUUGGUAUUGGCGUGUACUGCGCCAUAAAGAGUCGACACAACACGACGACGCAGGAAUACUUGCUGGGUAGCAGGAAGAUGUCCCCUUGGCCUGUAGCUCUCUCUCUCCUUGGUGGAGCCAUUUCUGCUAUAUCUAUAUUAGUAUUUGCUAAUUCUCUGUAUUCACAUAAUUUUUUUAUUGACCUCUCAGGUAAUGGCACGGAGGUGUAUUUGUAUGGUACACAACUGUGUGUUAUGUUGUUGGGCUUCAUCCCUGGAUGUGCUCUUGUGUAUCACGUUAUCAUACCUGUCUUCUACAACCUCAGAAUUGUUUCAGUCAGUGAGUACCUGGAAAAACGCUUCAAGUCGUCAGCACUACGUAAAUUGUUGACAGUGUGUCAGCUGUUGAUGAAGUUUUUCUACAUGGGAAUCUGCUUAUACACACCAUCUCUGGCUUUAUCCACCGUCACCAAUCUCACAACCACAGCAUCAGUGGUCAUUAUGGGUGCUGUAUGUACAUUGUACAUAACCAUUGGCGGCGCGAAGGCCGUGGUGUACACAGACGUGAUGCAGACACUACUCAUGUUCGGCGGGGUGCUGCUGGUGGUCAUCAUCAGCUGCAUUGAUCUAGGUGGCGUUGGCAACAUUUGGGCUGAAGCUGAAAAAGGCUCCCGAAUUGAGUUUUUCAACCUGGACACCAGCCCCUUCGUGCGUCACACCUUCUGGUCAACUUUAGUGUUGGGUUUUAACUCGAUGUUAAAUUCCAUGGCUUUCAACCAGUCAUCAUACCAGAGAUUAGCCUCCGUCAGCACUCUUAAGGUAGCACAGAGUGUAAAUAGGUCAACGCACUCUGUAGAUUUCUGGAGUUCCAGGGCAAACUUCCGAUAUAACUUCCGAUAUAACUUCCGAUAUAACUUCCGAUAUGACUUCCGAUAUCAUUACUCAAGGUGCAGUGAGGACAGAGGUGAAACGUUUUUGCACAAUUUUCAGUUUGUUAUUCGGUAG